AUGUCGGGUUCAACCAUUGCAGCCAAUGCACCACACCUGCCCGAUGACGAAAUCGAAGAGGAGGCAUCUGGCAGGGACGUGGUGCCCGACAACGCCGGUGCCGAAAGAACUGUUUACGACAUCUUGACAGGACGGCAGCUCACAGUGUCGAGCAAGUCCAAUCCCCGGAUAGACCGUGAGCUCAUGGCGAAGGUUGAGAAGUCGUGGAAGUACUACCAGCGUGCAAGACUACAGCUUCCAAUAUUUGCACGCAGUUCGGAGAAGCCCAGAUUACCAGGAGCAGAAAUUGCCGCGAGCAUGAUUGGCCUGGUCGUCGAGUGUGGCGCAGUGGCUCCUCCCGAUUAUAACCUCGGCGUCUUGGCCGGCCACCGGCAGGUCCACCCGCGUGACAAGGAGACGUGUGUGUUGACGAUGCUGAAGUGUAUCAAUCCUGAAAGUAACAGCAACAGGGACCGUGUGGUAACGCCAAGCAGCUGCCUUUGCAGAAUACACGUGAGGGAGGACAUUGUGAGUGCCAUCAACCGUAACCAUGUGGUGGUGAUCUGUGGCGAGACUGGAUCUGGGAAGACCACGCAGGCUGGCCAGUUCAUCUUCGAGGACUACAUUCGUGGAGGCCAAGGCUCUAGGUGCAAUAUCGUGGUCACCCAGCCAAGGAGAAUUGCAGCAAUCUCCAUGGCAAAGCAGGCGGCUCGCGAGCGGCACGAAGAGCUGAGCGACACCGUCGGCUUCCAUGUCCGUCUCACGAAGCAGCUGCUGACGAGCCGCGGAGGCAAACUCUUCUGUACAGGGGGCAUGCAGCUGCGGCACUGGCAGCAGAACGUCGAACUGCAAGGAUUGUCGCACGUCAUCGUUGACGAGGCCCAUGAACACGAUGUCUGUACCAACUUCCUGCUUGUGCUCCUUCGAGAGGUGCUCUCCAUGCACCGUACAUUCAAGGUGGGCUUUUCUUCAUUCUUGUAGCGACAUGCCUUCCAACUCUCCCCGAAC